GAUUAUUGAUUAUUUGCUUUAUUAUUUUUAUCGUUUCUUAAUUAUCUCUGAAAUACAAAAAUAUUUUUGUAUUUCAAAUUUUGGUGUUGUUUUCUGUAAAAACUUAUUUUGAAUUAUCGAAGAAACGUUAUUCAUUGUAGUUGUACAUCGAACCUAUUGUAGAGUACCUUACAUAAGAAUAUCUUUUUAUAAGAAUGCCAGGCACAGGUUGUAGUGUGGCUACUUGUAAAAAUAAUUUUUAUAAAAACAAGAAGUCUGCCGAUUCUGAUCAACAAUUAGCAUUUUUCACAUUUCCCAAAGAUCCAAAGUUAGAAAAAAUAUGGGUUAUGCGCUGUUGCAGUAAAGAUAAAAUAAAUAUAAAAUAUGCUAGAAUAUGUAGUAUUCAUUUUAAGAAGGAUGAUUUUGUGGAUGACAUGUAUGCUCGAAUAAUGGGAACUAGGCCUAAGUUGAAAUUAAAGGAUGGAGCAAUUCCAAGCAAAAACUUAAACUCUCAAGAUGUUACAAAACAAACAGAAUGUGAACCUACAGCAAAAAGAGAUAAAAGAGUAGCAAUGAAAACACAAACCCAUAUCAUUGAAGACUUAUUAGAGGUGCAUUCACAUAAAAGGAAAAAAACUAAUCUUGUAACCAUUGAUUUGUCUGAUGUAUCAGGUACAAGUAAAGAAUUGGAGGAAGAUAUUUUAAAACGAAAAUAUGAUGAGUUGCUUGAAGAAAACAAAAAACUAAAAGAGAAAUUAGAAAAAAGUGAACAAGACUUGCUUACUUAUAUGGGAGAAAAAGUUGAAAUUAAGUAUGAGUUUGUUGGAGAAGACUCAAGAUGUCUAAAAAGUCACCCAUCCACAUCCCUUGAUCAUGAAUACUUCAGGAAUGAACCAGAAGAUAAUUCAGUUAUGGUUGUAAAAGCUGAAAUUAAGGAAGAAUUUGUUGAAGGUACCCCAAGAUAUAUAAAAAGUGAGUUAUCUACAUCUCUAGAUUUGGAAGACUUGAAGCAUGAACCACAUGAAUAUAACUCAGGCACCAUUAAAGAUGGGAGCAUAUCGCAAACUAUAAAAGCUAUACCUCCACAUUUGUCUAAUUUAGAACAACUUUUGCUGAGCCCAUUUGUUGAAGAAAAAAUAUUAAGAUGUGAAAUUUGUUUUAAGCAACUUGCCAAUAGGAGUUUAUUAAAGGUACAUAUGAGAAUUCACACUGGAGAAAAGCCUUACAAGUGCGAAACUUGUUCUACCAAGUUUACUAGACCAGCUCAUUUGAAACGACAUAUAAGAUUGCACACUGGAGAAAGGCCUUAUAAGUGUGAAAUUUGUUUUAAGCAGUUUAGUACAGCAGGUAGCUUGAGAAGUCAUUUGAAAUUUCACAGUGGCGAAAAACCUUUCAAGUGUGAAAUUUGUUUUAAACAGUUCACACAAAAAUGUGAUUUGAAAUGUCAUAUCAGAUCGCACACUGGGGAAAAACCUUACAAGUGCGAAGUUUGUUUGAAGCAGUUUCAUGAUUCGAGAAAUUUAAUGAGGCAUUCGAGAUUGCACACUGGAGAAAAACCUUACAAGUGCGAAAUUUGUUGUAAAGACUUCACACAAGCAUAUCAGUUGAGACGUCACAUGAGAUCGCACACUGGGGAAAAACCUUACAAGUGCGAAAUUUGUUCUAAGCAGUUUACUACAGGAAGUAACUUAACAAGUCAUUCGAGAAUACACACUGGCGAAAAACCUUACAAGUGUGAAUUUUGUUUUAAGCAGUUUUCUCAGAUAAGUCAUUUGAAGAUUCAUUCGAGAGUGCACACUGGAGAAAGGCCUUACAAGUGCGAAAUUUGUUUUAAGCAAUUUAUUACAACAGGCAACUUGACAAAUCAUUUGAAAGUACACACUGGCAAAUAACCUAUAACUCUGAUUUGACUUAUAGGUUAUUUAUGACAUUUGAUUUAAACUACAUUUGAGAUCGCGUACUGAAGAAAAGUCUUAAAAGGUGGACAAACAGUGUCAAGCAAAUCACUGUUUGAAUAAGCACCGGGGUCGAUUAUUUUUUUUUCGAAAGAUUUAUAUUUGUUCUUGAAGGAAUAUGAAAGAUGAAGAAGCUCUGCCAGAAAAAGUUAAAACUUUUGUAUUAGAAAAACAAUAAAUUUGUUUAAAUAAUAAACGUGUUUAUUAUUUUCCUCAAAACUUACUACCUAAACCAUUGAAUUAUUUUUGUUGAUCU